UGCCCGGCCGAGAGAAUCCCAACAAACUCCGAUCAUCCUGUGACGCGCAUGAUCAAAACGCCAACAGAUGGCCGAUUCCACCGCGCACCCGCCGCCGGCGGUGGAUCAGCGAGUCCAGCGGCUGGCUACCCGCGCCUCCAUCGCAGUCGCCGCUGCGGCUACGCUCUUCCUCCUGUACCUCGUCCGGCACGCCUCCACCCCCUGCUUCCCCGCGUCCCACACCAUCCCCCUCUCUCCCUUCCCCCGCAACUCCUGCGACGCCGCCUCCCGCCGCGUCCUCCCCCCGGACCGCCGGCUCGCAAAGCUCCGCUCAUCCUCUCGCUGGCGCCGCCGCUCCACUGCGCUAGCGUCCUCCGUAUUCCCCCCGCUACACGGCCUCCGCCUCCUGGCCAACUCCUCCCGCGUCCUCUGCCUCACUGCCGGCGCCGGCAACGCCGUCGACGCGCUCCACGCAGCGGGGGUAAGCGAAGUGACCGGGAUCGACCUCGUGGACUUCCCGCCGCUCGUCCGUCGCGCAGACCCCCACCGCCUCCCCUUCUCUGACGGCGCCUUCGAUCUCAUCUUCUCCGACGACCCGGCGGGGAUCUCCGGCGCGCUCUUCCCGGCUCGCGUCGCCGCGGAGGCCGAGCGCGCUGUCCGCGACGGAGGCGCCAUCGCCCUCGCCGUCGACUGGCAGCAGGACCCCGCCGCCGUCGCCGCGCUCUUCAAGAGGUCGCGCGUCGUGGAUACCAGGGCUGUCACCUUGGAUGGCUCCCAGGUCAGGUUGCUAAUUUUUCAGAGUAAUGGCACCACCCUGAACCCGCGAUGAUAUUCUGAACCAGUGUUAAAGUAAUUCUCCUGUUCAUCAUGUUGUUUCUGUUUAGAUCAAACACUAGAUUUUACUGAGCUAUGGAUUUCUGCAUCAGAAUACAACUGUAACUGUGUAGAUCAAUAGUUGAGAAAAAUGGAAGAUUGCUGCGGUGCCGGUUGCUCUAGCAAUAAUAAAUUUCUAACAUUCCCUGAAAGUUCGAUCAUUUUGCUGUGCUUGUUUUUCUAGCUACGACCAUACGAAUUAGGAUCAACAUAUAUCAAUUCAAUACAGAUUUUGGGAAUAUAUAUAUAGGCUCAUAUGCACCGCUUUGCAAUUUUGCAAACUUGUGGGCUUUUAAUAGUUCUUAAAAAGAUCAUGGUACUAUAAAUAUUGAUAUAGAUACAUAUAUACAGAAAUGUGUGAAGAAGAUAUGAUCAUUUAUGUACUGUACAAAAUAGAGUGCUUCUAUGGUUUGAUGGAGUUUUUUCGUCUGCUAUUUAAAGCAAAUUAAUGGUUGUGAUUAGAGGACUACUCGGCCGGUUUUCUUUUAAGAAAGGUUAGUUUGGUUAGUUACAAACAUUGUUAUCCAGGUCCAAAGAGGUGAAGACUAAAAACCCAUGGACAACCCAUGCACACACUUCAUGUACAAGUACAACCCACAAGCACUUGUCUGAAAACUACCAGGUCUAGUGCCAUAGUUGUGUACUCAUCUCCUUCGCCCGACUGUCUGGACUCUGAAGAGAAGUUACCGGCUUGCCGUGCAUCCUAACCCUCAGAAAUCCCAAAUUCCAAAUUAAAUUAUUGUCCUUGACCUCCAAUUUGAUCAUCAUCCCCACCCGGACCUGGCCGGCGCCCAAAUCCUAAACUUUGGUCAUCUGCCCAACUGAGUCCUAAUUAUUAUACCAUCCCAAUGUUCAAUGUACUAUCUCUACUCCUAAAGGCGGACUUGGUAGCUUCUCUUUCACGGAUUUUUUUUCACCUCGCCUCCCACCAUCAUCUAUUUUCGUCUGGUUUUUUUGCCUCAUAUCCAUCCAACGCUCCACGCUGGUUUUUUACUCUCCCACCAACGCCUAGAACACCUACGCACACAUCUCUCUCACUCGCCUCUCCCCCAUCUCGCCUCUCCUUGAGCCAUCGUUGCUGUCGUCCAGUACGGAUCACUUCCUCUACUGAUUGACACCGCCACAGCACAACCGGAUCCCAUCUGGCUCUCCUUCUUUCCAACAUCCACCGAUGCAUCGUUGCUCCGCCCCCGCGCGCGGCCGCCCGGCUAACCUAACCGCCUCUAUCUUCGAUGAUGACCCCGACACCGGCGCCUCCGUGUUACUCUCCCUGUUUGGCUCCCCAAAUCCCUCUGCCUCGCCGUCACGGACGUCGAUGAUGACGCCUCCCUGAACCUCGACAGUUGGCCCUUUAAAUAGCAAGUGGGGUGUGUGUGUUGCAUCUGAUGUGCACGAGCUCAACCUGGCGAGCUCCUGGGAGAAGAAAAACGGAGCCACAAUAGCCCUGGCGAGCUUGAGAUGACGAAGGUGCCACAGGUGGUGUGGGAGAGGAGAUGGUCUCCAUCCGAGGUCCGAGGACCAGCCAUGACGUCGAGCUGCUGCAGCGUGGAGUCAGGAGUGUGUUCGCACCCCGGCGUGUCCCAGUAUGUGCUUUGGAAGACACGCGUCAAUCUCAACAGACCCUUAUGCGUCCACAUUAUUUGCUUCAGAAACAGAUAGCAGCUCUCUGAUGUAGUAAGGAGAAACCAAGAACGAUAGAGCAUCCUCGUGUCAAACUCAACACACCCUGGCACUUCUCCAUUGUUUGAUUCAGAAACAGGCAGAAACAACUGCUAUCUCUGAAUUUAUUACCGAAAAAGGCUUUCGCCCCGCUUUAUAGAUAAAGCAGACCGCCAAAGGACAUACAACCACACCAAGUCCACACACACACACCCAAGUACCACAACAAAGUCAUAAGGUUCUGCUGAGGGCACAGCUCAACAAGCCCAAAGAAAGAGAAAAAACAAAGCGAGACCCUGAAUUUAUUUAAGGUUGUUUCUCUUAUCUCUGUUCUGAUGUACAUGCAUCUUCCCUUCCUAUCUUCCAUACAUAUAUGUGCUACAACCAUGAGAAGUGCAUCCAUGAACGCAGUGGCAUCUGCACGCACCGCAUCAACGGCGCGCGUGCCGUCGCGAUUCGAAUCAGCCGAGAGUGCUAGUUAGAGUAUAGGCCAACGUUGGACAGCGAUAUGUAGCGUAUAUGUGUAUUCCAAACUGCCUGACAGUACAACCUGACACGCCCAGUACGCUCGCAGGCGAAAG